GCCAAAUAUGACUUUAUGACAGACUCUGUGUUCAGUUCAGAGUCUGUCCUCCUGGCUGAUGCAACAAAGGCCCUGGUUUUCAGCACUGUAACUCCAGCAGAACAGAGAGAGAGAGAGAGAGAGAGAGAGAGACACAGAGCAGAGGCAGGGGCCUCCUCCUCCUCGUCUCCUCCCUCAGCCAGAGGAGUGUCUGAAGGGAAGCGGGACCUCCUCCUCUACCUCCUACCUCCUCAGUCCGGAGAACAGCAGACGCUGAAGCAGAAGCGAUCGCGAGCAGCCUUUUUCUUUUUAUCAAACGUCCAACGUAUCAAGAUGGAGCAGGUGCUGGCACCUUUGAGAGAGGCCGUGCGCGCACAGGGUGAUCUUGUGCAUCAGCUGAAGGCCAAAGGCGCCCCUGAGCAGGAGGUGAGCAAAGCUGUGGCUGAGCUGAAAGCCCGGAAGAAGACUCUUGAAGCCAAGGAGCUCGCCCUGCAGCCCAAAGACGAGGUCGUGGACAGGGCGAGGAUGGAGGACACCCUGAAGAGGAGGUUCUUCUACGAUCAGGCCUUUGCCAUAUAUGGAGGCGUGAGCGGCCUGUACGACUUUGGCCCAGUUGGCUGCGCCCUGAAGAUCAACAUCCUGCAGGUGUGGAGGCAGCACUUCAUCCAGGAGGAGCAGAUCCUGGAGAUCGACUGCACCAUGCUGACCCCCGAGCCCGUCCUCAAGACGUCAGGGCACGUGGAUAAAUUCGCCGACUACAUGGUGAAAGACGCCCAGACUGGUGAAUGCUACCGAGCGGAUCACCUCCUCAAAGCUCACUUGAAAAAAAUGAUGUCUGACGAGAAAUGCUCGGAGGAGAAGGCGAAUCAGAUGGAGGACGUGAUCACUCAGAUGGAUAACUACACUCAGCAGGAGCUGGCUGCUCUCUUUGAGAAGUACAAUGUCAAGUCUCCCGCCACAGGAAAUGACCUCACACCUCCCGUCUCCUUCAACCUGAUGUUCAAGACGUCCAUCGGGCCCGGAGGCAACACGCCCGGCUAUCUGAGGCCUGAAACGGCCCAGGGGAUGUUCCUCAACUUCAAGCGUCUUUUGGAGUUCAACCAGGGGAAGCUGCCCUUCGGUGCUGCCCAGAUUGGGAACUCCUUCAGGAACGAAAUCUCCCCCCGCUCGGGACUCAUCCGUGUCAGAGAGUUCACCAUGGCCGAGAUCGAGCACUUUGUGGACCCCAACGAGAAGAUCCACCCCAAGUUCUCCAACGUGGCCGACCUGGAGAUAUUGCUGUUCUCCUCUAAGGCUCAGACCAGCGGGCAGUCUGCACAGAUCAUGAGGCUGGGGGAUGCUGUGGAGCAGGGAGUGAUCAACAACUCAGUGCUGGGUUACUUCAUCGGAAGAAUCUACGAGUACCUGAUCAAAGUGGGUCUCUCCAAGGACAAAGUGCGCUUCCGUCAGCACAUGGAAAACGAGAUGGCUCACUACGCCUGCGACUGCUGGGACGCGGAAUCCAAAACAUCAUAUGGUUGGAUAGAAAUCGUGGGCUGUGCUGAUCGCUCCUGUUAUGACCUGUCAUGUCACGCCAGAGCCACCAAGGUCCCACUGGUGGCAGAGAAGCCUUUGAAAGAACCCAAAGUGGUUAACGUGGUCCAUUUCGAACCCAACAAAGGGGCCAUCGGCAUGGCCUUCAAGAAGGAUGCCAAGUCAGUCCUGGACUACCUGGCCGUCUGCGACGAAUGCUACAUCACCAAUCAGGAGAAGCUCCUCAGUGCCGCUGGGGAGUUCAGCUUCGAGAUGGAGGGCAAAAAAUUCAAACUGACCAAAGACAUGGUCAGUGUGAAGAGGUUCCAGAAGACCUUGCACGUGGAGGAGAUUGUUCCCAACGUGAUCGAGCCCUCGUUCGGCAUCGGCAGAAUCAUGUACUCCAUCUUCGAGCACUCGUUCCAAAUCCGGCAGGGAGAUGAACAGAGGACGUAUUUCAGCUUCCCUGCCACCGUGGCUCCAUAUAAAUGUUCCAUCCUGCCUUUGAGCCAAAACCAGGAGUUUAUGCCAUUUGUCUCCCAGUUAUCCGAGGCGAUGACCAGGAACGUCUUGUCUCACAAGGUGGACGACUCCUCCGGAUCCAUCGGGCGGCGCUACGCCAGGUCCGACGAGAUCGGAGUGGCGUUUGGCAUCACCAUCGACUUCGACACGGUGAACAAGACGCCGCACACGGCCACUCUGAGAGACCGAGACUCCAUGAGGCAGAUCAGGGCCGAGGUCACCGAGUUACCGGGGAUGGUUCACGACCUGACCAACGGCACCUUGACUUGGGCUGAGGUGGAGAGCAAGUACCCCAUAUUUGAAGGACAGGAGACCAACAAGAAGGCGUAACCAGCCUCCUUGCGUGCUCAGGGUUUUUUGUACAAGAUUUUGUAUUUUUAACCACAGUCCCAGCGUUUUGUGAAACAGAUGCUGGCUUAAGAAAUUGAAAUAGGAACGGUUCCUGAUGAUAAUGCGCGGGCCAAAUAUCAUAAUUAGAAAUAUUAUUUAACUGUAUUCAUUCCAGGCACUUAAUCUGUAUCUGUUAGACCUGGAGAUUUUAAUGUAUUACAUAGACUGUAUGAAAACUGCUAAGAACCAGGCUGGAGGGGCUAACACAGUCCUCUGUGGCCUCCUACCUCUAAUAUUAUUGUCACCUGAUCAACUCUCUUAAUAAUUCUGAAUGGAUGUGAAGCAUAUAAAAUGUAUAUCCUGUUUGUCUUGGUUAACCUUUUCCAAAUAAAUAACAUGGCAUAUGA